AUGGCCUCGCGCGCAAAGAGGCUCGAGGCGCUCGCGGCGCUGAAGGCGUCGCGGAGCGGUGGUCCGCGAGUGCACCCCCAGGCCGAAGAGGACGACAGGAUCUACGAUGAAGUGUCGGCGGAGGUGUACCAGUCGAUUGUGCGGGGGCGCAUGAUGGAGGACGACUUUAUCGAGGACGACGAUGGGAGCGGGUACGUGGACCACGGCCAGGAUGAGUGGGAGAAUGGCCCGCAGAGCGAGUCCGAGUCGGAGGACGAGCACGAGUACUAUGAGCGCACCGGUCGCCGCAAGCCGAAGAAGGGCGCUAGGCGCCAGGCGCAGCGCGCCGCGCCGACCGACUAUAUGGGCCGCACGCGCCCCUCGGAGCGAGCUGCCGAUGCGCCUGCGCGCCGCGUGCCCGCGGCAGCGGCGGCGCCCUCCAAAGAUGCCGAGGAGGCGUUCAUGUCGCAGCUCUUUGGGGGUCUGGCGCCCAUGAGCACGCCGGCGCGGCCGAUGGCGUCGCUCGCGCUCGACGAUAGCCAAGACUCGCCCUCGCUGACCAUGGCCCGCAAGCGCAAGCAGACGCACACGCCCUCGGCGAUGCCGGCGCUCGUGCCCGACCUCAGCUCGUCCGCCGAGCCGAGCAGCGACCCGCUGGAGCUAUCGUGGAGUCCGGAAGCCUCGGCCAAGAAGCAGAAGAGCGACGAUGCGGAGCCGAUGGACGACGCCGACGACGACUUUGCGCAUGUCUCGGUCGGCGCGAAGCGGGCCACCAAGCUGGUCAGCACCGGUGCGAGCCAGCCCGCCAUCGCGCCGGCGCCGGCGCCGGCCAAGGCGGUGCCGGCUGGGGCGGAGGCCCCCGCAGCCGAGAGUCCCUCGGUCCUGCCGUCGUGGCGGCGUGUGCACGAGAGCCUCGCGGCCGUGGCGGCGCCCGAGACGUCGGCGCCGACGGCGGCCACGUCGACGCAGAUUUACGAAGCGGACCGCUCCGUGUCCUUCUACUGGCUGGACUAUGCAGACGUGCACGGCAAGAUCUACCUCUUUGGCAAGGUGCUGGACCAGGCGAGCCAGCGUGUGGCCAUCGAUGGUAUAGAGCGGUGUGUCUUUUUGCAGCCGCGCACGCGCACGCUUGUCCAUGGGCACGAGACGGACAUGGUGCCGAGCGAGGACGACGUGUUUGAGGAGUUUGAUGCGCUGCGCUCGCGGCACGGCAUCUCGGCGUGGCUCGGCAAGUGGGUCACGCGGCGGUACGCGUUCGAGCUGCCGGACGUGCCGGCAGAGGGGCGCUACCUCAAGAUCAAGUAUGGCUUUGACGAGCCGGCGCUGCCCACGGACGUCAGCGGCGCGACGUUUGUGCGGGCGUUUGGUACGCAGACGUCCGCGUUUGAGCUAUUCGUUGUGAAGCGGCGCAUUAUGGGCCCGUGCUGGCUGAAGCUCGACCAGGUGAGUGUGCCGAGCGGCCCGCCGCAGACGUGGUGCAAGCUGGAGCUCGCCGUCGACGACCCGAAGUGUGUGUCGCCGUACUCGGACGCGGAUGCCAACGCGCCCAAGGAGCCGCCGCCGCUGACGGUGAUGAGUCUCGCGCUGCGGUCCGUCGUCAACUUUAAGGAGAACAAGCGCGAGAUCGUCGCAGCGAGUGCGCGUGUGUGGCCCGACAUGGCGCUGGAGAGCGCGACGCCGGUGGAGCAGCUGCCGUCGAGCUCGUUCACGGCGGUGCGCCCGCUGGGCCCCUCGUUCCCACCGCGCUUCGAGGCGGAGGUUGCGCAGAGCUCGACGCCCGUCAAGGCGUUCAAGUACGAGCGCAUGGUGCUGAACAGCCUGCUCGCACAGAUCCAGCGGCACGACGUGGAUGUGCUGGUGAGCCACGACUUUGUCGGGUCGACGCUAGAUGUGCUGCUGCACCGGCUGCGCGACCUCAAGUGCGAGCAGGCGACGCGGCUUGGGCGUCUGCGCCACGAGGGCACGCGCCCGACAAAGUACUCGCAGGCCAUGCGCCUGCUCGCGGGGCGCCUCGUGGCUGACCUGUCGAGCGAUAUGGCCAAGGGCAUGAUUUCCUCGACGACGUGGUCGCUGAGCGAGAUGUGCCGCACGCACCUGCAGGUGCAGCGCGAGGACAUGGACCCGGAGGACGUGCCGUCGUACUUUGACAGCACGGCGCCGACGCCGGCGCGUCUGCUCACAUUUGUGCGGCACCUGGAGGUCGAUUCGUUCUUCCAGAUGGCGCUGGCGAGCAAGGUGCAGCUGCUCGCGCUGACGAAGCAGCUGACGAAUCUCGCGGGCCACGCGUGGUCGCGCACGCUGAACGGUGGGCGUGCGGAGCGCAACGAGUACAUUCUGCUGCACGAGUUCCACAAGAAAAAGUACCUGUGCCCGGACAAGCCGCUGGCAUGGGAGAAGAAGAAGGACGACGCGGGCAAGAAGGAGACGUUCAAGGGUGGGCUCGUCCUGGAUCCGAAGCGUGGGCUGUGGGACAAGUAUGUGCUGGUCAUGGACUUCAACUCGCUGUACCCCAGCAUCAUCCAAGAGUUCAACAUCGACUUUACCACGGUCGAGCGGCACGGCGGCGACGAUGUGCCGGACGUGCCGUCGUCAGACGUGGCGCAGGGCGUGCUGCCGCACCUGAUUGCCACGCUCGUGAACCGGCGACGGCAGGUCAAGGCGCUGCUCAAGGACAAGAAUGCGCCGACGCUCAAGCGCGUGCAGUGGGACAUUAAGCAGCGCGCGCUCAAGCUGACGGCGAACAGCAUGUACGGGUGCCUCGGCUUUGAGCACUCGCGCUUCUAUGCGCGGCCGCUUGCCGCGCUCACCACGUUCAAGGGACGUGAGAUCCUGUCUAUGACGUGCGAGCUCGCGGAGAGCAUGGAACUCGAUGUCAUUUACGGAGACACAGACAGUGUCAUGAUCAACACGCGGUGCAUCGACUACCAGGCAGCGCUGCGUAUCGGCCACGCGUUCCGCCGCGCCGUGAACGAGCGCUACCGCCUGCUCGAGAUUGACAUCGAUGGCGUGUUCCAGCGCAUGCUGCUCCUGCAGAAGAAGAAGUACGCCGCCCUGCUCGUCAACGACGCCGGGGAGACGCACACAGAAAUCAAGGGCCUCGACAUGAAGCGCCGCGAGUACUGCCAGCUCAACAAGCAGGUGUCCACGUACGUGCUGGAGCAGAUCCUCUCGGGCGAGGCGACGGAAACGGUUGUCGAGCGCAUCCACACGUACCUGCAGGGCGUCGCGGACGACGUGCGGGAGGGCCGUGUGCCGCUGGACGACUAUGUCAUCUUCAAGCGGCUCGGUAAGCGCCCGCAGGACUACCCCGAUGCGCAGCACCAGCCGCAUGUGCAGGUCGCCCUGCGCAUGCUCGCGAAGAACGAGCCGGUGCGCAGUGGCGACGUGAUUCCCUACGUGUUUUGCGUCGGCGCCGACGAGAAGAGCGCGCAGGCGCAGCGUGCAUUCCACCCCGACGAGGUGCGCCGCCACGCCGGCGACCCCGCGUACAAGAUCGAUGUGCACCACUACCUGUCGCUGCAGCUACUCCCCUCCAUCGAGCGUCUCGCGGACUGCAUCGAGGGCACGGACCGCAUGCGCCUCGCCGAGUGCCUCGGGCUCGACGUGCAUACCUACACGCACGACCCAGUCGACCAGCGCUUUGCGCCGCUGGACAGCCAGGUGCCGAGCGUCGUGCGCUACGCGCACUGCGAACCAUUCACGGUGCGCUGCCGCGCGUGCCGCCACGCCACGCCCCUCCAGCCGCCCUCGCGCACACGCGCCGAUGCGCCAUGGCUCGCGUGCGAGGCGUGCCGCGCCCCUUUUCCACGCGCCACGCUCGUCGUGCAGCUCGAGCUGGCGAUCCGCGCGCACGUGGCGCGCUACUACGAGGGACAGACCACCUGCACCGAGCCGGCGUGCCGCGCUGUCACACGUCAAGCUGGUGUGUACAGCGGGCGGUGCGUCGUCCCCAGCUGCCGUGGCCAGGUUCAGCGCAUGUACUCGGACAAGACGCUGUACACGCAGCUGUGCUACUAUGCGUACCUGUUUGAUGCCGCGCAGGCUCUCGAAGAGGUCAGUGAGACGAGCCAGCGCCACGCGCUGCGCGAUCGUCUCGAGACGCACAAGGCCGACAUGGAGGUGCUGCGCGCGACGGUCGAUGCGUUCCUCGCGCGCAAUGGUCGUCGCUACGUGGGCCUAGGGAAGCUCUUUUCGUUCCUGCGGGUGUGA